AUGAGUAGCACGACACUGAUCAGCAUUGCUCCGUUCGUGCUGUUGUUUUUCAUUCCUUUGAAUGGAGGCAUAGAAUCUUCCAAUGAUCCGUUGCUGAAGGUGCUGUUGAGUUUUGCCUCUGGCGGCCUCCUCGGCGACGCGUUUCUUCAUCUGAUUCCUCACGCGCUAUACGCCGUUACUGAACACCAGGCAGCAACCGGAACGGCUUCAGAUCACACUCACUCACAUUCGCAUGCGCAUGCUCAUGCUCAUUCCCAUUCGCACGGGCACUCGCACGAGGCGGGUAACUUCUCAGGACAUGACUUGACGGUCGGUCUGCACGUUUUGCUGGGCGUGACGGCAUUCCUCAUUGCUGAAAAGCUGCUACGACUGCUGAAAGUAAACGAACACGAUAAUAGCCAUGGCCAUUGUCAUGACCACCAACCUGAGGCACAGACCUCGAAAAGUGAUAAAGACGGUGAGCAGUCGCAGUCAGAGUCCAAUGCCAUGACGGAAGCAAACAACGGCGAUGAACCGGAAACACGUGAUACGCAACUUUACAAACGCAGGAAGAGUGGUGACAAACAGACUUCGCGAAUAUGUUCGCCGGACGCAGCCGUCGGGUCGUCUUCUGAAUCGUCGUUAUGCACCGCACAUCACGGCGGAUCCGUAAUUAAAGUGGCCGGAUAUUUGAACCUGGCAGCUGAUUUUCUGCAUAAUUUGACCGACGGAUUGGCGAUCGGUGCGUCGUUCUUAGCCGGCGAGACGGUUGGCGUUGUGACCACUUUGACAGUGCUUCUGCACGAGGUGCCACACGAAAUCGGCGACUUCGCAGUACUGAUUCAGUCAGGCUGCAGCAAGCGUUCCGCCAUUUUUCUGCAACUGCUUACCGCACUGGGGUCGCUGAUAGGGUGUUCCCUGGCGUUGUGCACCGCUAAUACGACGGAAGUUACUAACACUGCAGCUGGGUCAUGGAUCUUGCCGUUUACCGCUGGAGGCUUCAUAUACAUAGCGACUGUUUCGAUCAUCCCUGAAAUUCUACAUGAAUGCAGCGUGUGGCAGUCCGUUAAGCAGAUUAUUGCUUUAUUUUUUGGCAUUUGGAUGAUGGUCAUCAUUGCGGACAUUGAAUAG